ACCUCCCCCAAGGUGCUCCAGAGGCUGGUCAAGUCCCGGGGGAAGUCCCAGGCCAAGCACCUGAACGUGCAGAUGGUGGCGUCGGAUAAGCUGGCACAGUGCCCUCCGGAAAUGUUUGACAUCAUCCUGGACGAGAACCAACUGGAAGAUGCCUGCGAGCACCUGGCUGAGUACCUGGAAGCCUAUUGGAAGGCCACGCACCCGCCCAGCAGCAACCCGCCCAAUCCCCUCCUGAACCGCACCAUGGCGACCGCCGCCCUGGCCGCCAGCCCCGCCCCCGUCUCCAACCUCCAGGGACCCUACCUAGUGCAUGGGGAGCAGACGCGUGAGGGGGAGCGCGCCAGCCUGCACGACUACCCGGGGGAGCUGGUCAACCGCGGCCAGGGGCGGCCAGGCCAGCAGCACGCUCGCCUGGCCAACCGCGGCCUGUCCCGCCAGGACACCUUCGACUCGGAGACCCAGGGCAGCCGUGACUCUGCCUACACCGAGCCGGGCGACUCCUGCAUGGACAUGGAGACGGACCCCUACGAGGAGCCCGAGCCCCGCGGCGGCACCCCCGGCGCCUACCCCCGGGGCCUGGGCCGCCACCACCUCCACCAGCGCCAGGGCUCCUGGGACGAGGCCGAGCCCGACCACCAGAACCACAACCGGCAGCUGCGGGGCCGGAGCAAAGGGCGUGACCGCUACUGCCCCAAUGAGGAGGAGGCCAUGAGCCGGAACAAGAAUGACCUGGAGGGCUGGGGGCGGGACGUUUACAUCCGCUAGGGGAUGGGGCACCUGGCUGCUAGGGGUCCCAGGGGGUGG